AUGACCGGAGCAGAGGCUGCAAGCUCAAGUAAUCUUGUUAUGGGUCGAUGCAUGAUAGCUGGUGAAUCUUUGUGUGUACUGUAUGAUUCUGGAGCGACACACUCUUUUGUGUCAAUUGCUUGUGUGGAGCGUCUGGGUCUGCCGGUGCGCGAGCUGCAGUGCGAACUGGUAGUAUCUACCCCGGCGUCAGAUUGUCGUGAGAAAAGAUUGUUGUUCCCCGACUCUGAGGAGCUUGAGUUGGUGUCUCGUCAAGGAGUGGUGAAGGAGAUUCAGGGUGGCGCACAAUGCUUCAUAAUCUUCACCCGUAUGGAGGUAGGGGAGAAGGAGGGAACAUCGGUCAUACCUGUGGUGCAUGAGUUUGAAAACGUAUUCCCGGAUGAAGUACUAGGGUUACCUCCCAGUAGAGAGGUGGAGUUCUCUAUUGAUCUGGUACCAGGAACAAGCCCGGUGUCGAUGGCUCCAUAUCGCAUGGUUCCGGCAGAGUUAGUGGAACUCAAGAAACAGAUAGAGGAAUUGAUGGAGAAGCAGUUCAUCCGACCCAGCACUUCGCCUUAG